AUGUAAGCUUAAGUUUAAAAAUCACAAUAAUAAUAAUAAGCCCAAACCUAAUAUUUUGUAUAUCAAGAUUUGUAAAAUAUAAUUAAUUUAUUAUACUCAUUAUAAGCAGUCAAUAAGUUUUUUAAAGAUCAAGGUCAAGAUGAUCAUCCAAUGAUUAAACUUUCCAGAAAUAAGGUUAUUUUAUAAUUAAAUUUGUCAAAUGCAAUUCAUUAUGAUCUUUUAUCAUAAGAAGAAUCUUUAAAAAUAUUGAAACAAGCUAAAAUUGAAGCAUUAAGUAUUUUGACACAAUUGGAACCAGAACUUAAAGAAUUUGAAAAUUUCAUAAAAAUUUAUAAAGAAAAUUGCUUUAGUAGUAAAAUUGUUUUGAAUCCAUAAAAUUUAGAGAAAACAGAAUUAGAAGCUAAUUUUAAUCAAAAUGUUCUAUCUAAAAUUUUAUCAUCAAUAUAAUCAGUUGAUUAGGAAAUAAAAGCAUUAUAAUAAUCGGAUUAUAAAGUACCUGAUGCUAAAGAAGUUAAGAAAAAAGCAAAGUAUUUUUUAAAUAUUAUUUUAGUGAAUAUAAGAAAUUGACAAUAUAAAGUUUAUAAAACAAUUUUUAAAAUGAUUAAAACAAACUUUAGUAGCAAUAUCUAAAUCAAAAUAAUAAUAAUAAAAAUCAAAAAGGAGAUCAAGAAAAUUUAUUUUAUAUUUUCAUUGAAUAAAUAGAAAAAAAGGACAUAUUUAAAUAAAAUUAAGUAGAGCUUUAUGAAAAUUUAAUAAUUUUAUUAAAGAAUUAGAAUUUGUUAUAAAAAUGCGAUUAAUUUGAUGAAGCUGAAAUAAAAUUUACAUUAGAUUUGUAUAAUAAAAAUAAAAUGAGAGAAAAUCAUGAAGUAUAUUAUAAAUACUUCUUAUUUGAAAAAUUUAUGUAGUUUAGUUAGCAAAAGGUUUUCAAUAAUAAUGAAAAAAUAAAUAUUGAAGAAUUUACAAAAUAUUAAUAAGAAAAAUACUAAAAAGAAAUAUAUAGUUAAAAGAAGAGCUAGAUAAUAAAAAAAUCACACAUUAUUUUUUUAAAGUAUCUUAAUAACAAAAAAGAAUUAAAAUCAAGAAUAAAUUAUUAAGAUUAUAUUGAUUAUAUUAACUAUUUGUAGAAAGAAAUAAAGGGGAACCGAUAAAAAGGAGGGAUUAAUUCAUAAAUUAAAAAUAUUGUUAAUCUAAUAAAAUUGUUUUAUUUAACAUUAAGUUUACAAGUCAAACAAAUAUUCACAAAAUGGCAAAUAAAGUUGUUUUCAAAAUCUUAUUUUGAAUAUAAAUGA